CGACUGUCUUUCCUACAUUCGCACGACGUAAACCCGUCGCCUACCGCCACGCAAUAAUUAAACAGAACUCAGAUUUCAUGCAUUCUCUGCCAGUCAACGUGACCGCGUCGUAGUGGGGCGACACGUCAUCAGUUAAAUCCAUCGCAGAUAGCGACUUGCCAAUAAGUAGUUCCAAAUACACAGUUCAUUAUCUUUCCUUCUAAUCUACCUCGGCACCGACGGUCGCUGGGGCUGGGAUGUGACUCGCAGCAGUGAGUGACAUUCAUUGACACUGAAUUCGUCGAACGUGAACAAACCAUGGGCUUGGAGGAUUACAAGGAACUCGUGGGAUCGUGCGCGUCCAUCUGCACGAUCGUCCAAAUGCUCUCCGGGACAUUGGUAUGCAAGGACAUUUACCAGAAGGGAUCGUCGCGAGGGUUCGACCCGAUGCCCUUCUUGGGCGGCGUAGCAAUAUGCAUUUUAAUACUCCGGUAUGGAUUGAUCGUCGGAGACCCUGCAAUGAUCAGUGUUAACGUUUUUGGAUUACUAACAAACGCAAUUUACAUGGCUGUGUAUUAUAGCUACUCACCAGACAGGAAGGACACACUGACCUUGACUGGCAAGGCUGCAGCUGUUGUA